AUGGAUGUUGAUGCAGUUCGCCGAGCAAAAAAUACACUCAGUGUUAGUGGAGCAAUGGAGAUUGGUCUAUUUUCAUCUGAUAUAUUUGCAGUUAAACCUUAUAACUGGGCUCCCAUGUAUGAUAAGAUGCCGAGGACUACUAGGCUCACAAUUCCAUUCGAGGGAAUCUAUGUAGAGUCUCGCGAAAAUGGAGGGCAUAAUUUGUUGUGUUUGUUGGGGAAUGCAACCAGCCCUGCUCCAGGUUCAAGCCAAGAAAUCGUGCUUGUUCUUCAAUACCCCAAGACCUUCAGUUUGACUAACAGAGGCAUCAAUGGUGAAAUGAUUAGCUUAAACCAAAGGUGGAACAGAGCCCACUUCGGUAAGAUCCAGACAUCAUCACAACCGGGGCACUAUCACCUCAAUUACCAAUUUGGAUCGCAUGAAAUUCUGUCAAAGUUUUACAACCCAUAUCCUUAUCCUGAGCCUUUGAUUCGUGAAAACAUCAACACAUAUAGAGGGGAUGGAUACUGCGAAAAGAUGCGACAACUAAUGUGGGGUGAAGAUUUAUUGUGUGAGCCUGGAACUGAUCUAAAUAGGGAAAGCUUUGUUUUGGUUUCUGGUGUUCUCAGAGUAAUACAAAAAUCAGAUCAUUACUUAUAUAGGGAAGAGAAGAGAACAUGUCUUUCCACCAUGACCCUUUCUAUGGAGGGGAAAUGGCAUUCUUUUGAUGGGCAACUUUGUAGAGUUGGUUGCAUUGGCCCUCCUGAUGGUCUUUCAGAAAAAUGCAAUGCUCGAAUCACUUUAUACAUCCCACUCUCUUUCUCCAUUAAACAGCGAUCCGCGGUGUUUGGAACCAUAACGAGCACAACUGGAUUACAAUCACAUGCUCCUCUUAUGUUUCAGAAGCUGGGCGAUGAUACUGCCAGCUUAUCUUUCCUAGCAAAUGAUCCCUCCGUUAAACUUUGUGCUGUUCCACUCACUUUGAAAGACAACGAAGGAUCUCAGGUGCACGUAGAAAUAGAACUUCUCUCCAUUGGUCCAAUUUUACGACGCCAUGACAUCUCAUAUCAGGAGAUGAUUGAAUAUGAGAAGAGAAGUUCAGGCGAUCAUAAAGAAAUCAAAGUCUCGGGUUAUCUUAGAAUAAGAGGUGGACCAUUCCAUGAUGGAACACUCAAUUUAGAAGGGAUGUACGAUCCGGCUGUUGGAAUAAUGUAUCUGGUUGGGUGCAAGGAUGUUUCUGAGUCUUCUCACUCCAAACUGGAAACAGGUUUAGACUAUUUGAUUGAAAUUAAAGUGGAAUACUAUCCCAAAAAUGCAUGA